UUUAAGUUGGCACAACUUGAGAGUCUUAUUAAACUGUCAAAUAAUUGUGUACUCUGAAAUUUAUAAACUUCUUAUAAGAUAAAAGCGAAGAUAAGAUACACUUUUUUUCAUUUACACAUGAAGUAAAAAGGUCCACGUAGUUCAGUUUCGUACCUAAUAAGAAAAUGAAGAAGUUAUUUUUCUUAUCAUCACUUUUCGUGGUGUUUCAACUCAUUUUAGCUCACGAAGAAGAUGUUUACACGGUUCAAUACAACAAAGAUAAUUUCGAAGAUGAAAUUGUUAAGAAAAAUCAUUUCGUUAUGUUUUACGCCCCAUGGUGCGGUCAUUGUAAGCGAUUAGCACCCACUUGGGAACAACUCGCUGAAAUGUUAAACGAAGAAGAUAGUAAUGUUCGUAUUGCUAAGGUUGAUUGUACCGUGGACAGUCAAGUUUGUUCUAGUCAAGACGUCACGGGUUAUCCCACAUUAAAGUUCUUCAAAGUUGGCGAAAGUGAGGCUGUUAAGUUUAGAGGGACGAGAGAUUUACCUUCUUUAUCUGCAUUUAUUAAUGAGCAAUUAGGAACGGAUAGCGCCGAUAAUGAAAUCUUAGACAUUCCACAACCACUUAAAGGACUUGUUGAACUCACAGAAGACUCUUUUGAUAAACACAUCGAAUCUGGGAAGCAUUUUAUUAAGUUUUACGCCCCUUGGUGUGGUCAUUGUCAGAAAUUAGCUCCAACAUGGGAGGAAUUGGCGAAAUCUCUCGAAUUUCAACCUGAUGUAACAAUAGGAAAAGUCGAUUGUACUCAAUACCGAUCCGUUUGUAAUCAACACGAAGUUAAAGGUUAUCCCACUUUGUUAUGGUUUGAAGAUGGCAAAAAAAUUCAAAAAUAUCAAGGUUCAAGGACACAUGAAGAUUUAAAAUCGUUCGUUGGCAAAAUGAUGGGUUCCGAGAACGAAGUGGAAAAUCCUAAAGGUGAUGGAAGAGGUGAAAGUCCCGUUGUGAUUUUAAAUGGGAAAAGCUUCGAUAGUGGCAUUGAAAAAGGAUUUGCUUUCGUUAAAUUCUUCGCGCCUUGGUGUGGUCAUUGUAAACGGUUAGCUCCAACUUGGGAGGAACUGGGGAAGAAAUUUAAAAAGAAUCCUAACGUCAACAUCGUCAAAGUGGAUUGUACGGUUGAUGAAAGUAAACAACUUUGCAGUGAUCAAGAUGUUGAUGGUUUUCCUUCGAUAUUCUUAUAUAAGAAUGGAAGAAAAGUUUCUGAAUAUAAUGGAAAUCGUAGCCUAGAAGAUCUCACAGAGUUCGUCAUUAAACACGCUGGGGGCCACGACGAGCUGUAGAAGACCUAAACAUCAUCAAACACCUAGUAUAUCAAUUUUUGUUUCAGAUUGAUAACCAUUCCUCCACUUCCUCAUUUUGAUUUUUGAACGUAAAAAAUUUUGUAGUGAAAUAAAAUUUUGUGAAAAAA